CAAUCUUUGAAUAUUUACUUAGAAUCUUCCUAUUGCAUGCGUUUCCAGUACAGCUUAAAAUUCUUUUUUUUUGAUGAUUAUUAGCUCCCAAAUUGAAGAACCCAGAGUCGGAUUUCCUUUGUCUCGCUGGAGAUGUCUAGUCGGAGUUUGUGGUUUUGGCUCAAUGCGUCUAUGUUUGCUGCCCUGGCUUGUCUAGCAUUCUCCCGCAAAGACGAACUCGAAGUUCAAACUCUCAGAGAGAUGUAUAAAGCCCUGAACUGUCCGCCCCAACUGGAAAACUGGGGAGUCGAGGGUGGUGACCCGUGCGAGGAUCAUUGGGUGGGAGUUUCCUGUUUGGAUUCAUCGGUGAUUCACAUUAAACUUAAUGGUUUGAACCUGACUGGCCAUUUAGACUUCCAGAUUUCAAAUCUUCAACAGUUGACAGAGCUGGACUUGAGCAGCAAUAAUGUUGAAGGUGAAAUCUCAUUGGGAUUUCCACUUAACCUUACAAGCUUGAGUUUGGCAUUCAACAAUUUCAGUGGGAGAAUUCCCGAUUCUUUGUCGGGCCUAAAAACACUCAAAAACCUGAAUCUGAGCCACAACAUAUUAACUGGACCAUUGGGAGAUUUCAGUGGCUUGGGGAAUCUGAUAGAGAUGGAUCUAUCAUAUAAUAACCUCACUGGAGAUCUACCUAGUUCAUUUGCUGCCUUAACAAACCUGGCAGCAUUGUUUCUGCAAAACAACUCACUCACUGGAUCAGUCAAUCUUUUGUCUCAGCUGCCAUUGAGAGACCUGAACAUUGAAGACAACCAUUUCAGUGGCGUGAUCCCAGAAACUUUUCAAGAGAUUAGAAACCUAUGGUUAGGCGGUAAUAGGUUCGACAGAAUAGAGAACUACACCCCCUGGAAUUUCCCUCUUGAUUUCUUGCACGAGGAGCGGAAUGCUAGCAGCAGCCCAUUAGGUCCACCAUCUACUCAGAUUGGAGGGCACAAGAGGAAAAAAAGACUAAGCAUUGAAGGGUUAUUUGUUAUUGUAAUUGGAGCCACUAUUGUGGCAAUCAGUGGAGGUGUUUUGGUUUUUGUGUGGCUCUGUGGAUCUCAUAAGCAGUUGUUAGGCAUCACAAAAGGAAAGGAGAGCUCAAGACAUUCUUGUCCAACCAAUUCUACUGUUAUAGCUGCAGCUCAAGAAGACAGCCGCCAAUCAUCAAGAAUCAGAUCUCUUCGAGAACCUCUAGGGCUACAACCUCCUCCUGCAAGAGCUGCGAGUACGUCCUCAAUAUGUUCUUCCAAGAUCUGUGAAAUCCCAAUGUGUGUGAAGCCGUACGCCAUGGCAGAGAUUGAAUCAGCGACGAAUGGCUUCAGUCAAGAAAAUCUUAUCGGGGAGGGAUGCUUCGGAUACAUUUACAGAGCAGAGUUUUCCAAUGGGCAGUUGUCUAUUGUGAACCGGAUUAACAUUGGGGAACCCACACUAGUCGAAGAACAAUUGUUGGAUUUGGUUAGGACCGCGUCACGAUUAAGGCACCCAAACAUAAUCACACUCAUUGGCUACACAUUGGAGGCUGGCCAUUGUGUCCUAGUCUAUGAGCAUAUAAGGAAUGUGUCCCUCAGUGAUGCCUUGCACAACGAUGCCUCCAUGAAUUUGUCUUGGAGCCUCCGUCUCCGCGUUGCAGUUGGGGUUUCCAGAGCACUGAACUACAUGCAUUCUUCAUGCGUCCCUCCGAUUGCCCAUGGAAACUUGAUGGCUUCCAGGAUCUUGCUAGAUGAGGAUCUAAGGCCUCAUGUUUCCGAAUGUGGCCUGGCAACCUUAAAUCACCUGACCGAGUUCGGUUAUGGAGCAUCACAAGAUGAUGAUGUGCAAGGGAGGAUUCGGAGCACAAAGGAAGAUGUCUAUGCCUUUGGGGUUUUGCUCCUUGAGCUCCUAACAGGAAGGCGGCGUUCCGAAGAGGAGCGGGGUGAUCUGGUGCAAUGGUCAAUACCCAGGCUGCAUGACAACGCUUCGUUGGCGCAGAUGGUGGACCCCAUCAUCCGAAACACGAUCCCCCCAAAGACACUCUCUCACCUGGCUGACAUUGUCUUGCUCUGCCUUCAGGUACAUACUAUCCUUAACCCUUUGCCUUUGUUUUGCCCACAUUUUGGAUAUUAUCGUAACUCCCUCGCACACCGCGGGCCCCACGAGAGUUACUGGCCACUCGGGGCCCGCGAGGUGACCGUUUCUGUUGUAUUUAUGGGACGACAUUUGAUGAAGCAGGCUGAGGAGUUCAGGGCGCCAAUGAGUGAAGUGGUGGAGGCAUUGAUGUGUCUGGUGCAGAAAUCAUCAGAGUGGCCCAACAAUUUCACAUCACAUGAUCUUCACAAGCUUCCUCCACAUCAUUCCAUUCAGCUCCAGCUUCUUCUCCAUUUCUACUUCACAGAGAGAAGACUCCAUAGCUCUUCCUUAUCCUCCUUAGAAGGUAUGGACCCUGCAGGCGACGAGCUGAGAUACUAUGAGGAUGAGGAUACCCCAGUGACGAAAACUAUAAAAGGUGCAACCACUGGUCUAGUUGCGGGCACUAUUUGGGGCACCAUUGUUGCAACAUGGUACGAUGUGCCACGUGUGGAAAGAAGUGUUGCGCUUCCUGGUCUGGUGCGGACGUUGAAAAUGAUGGGCAAUCAUGGCUUGACAUUUGCUGCUAUAGGCGGAGUGUAUAUUGGUGUGGAGCAGCUGAUGCAGAACUAUCGUAUGAAAAGGGACUUCAUUAAUGGCGCUGUUGGUGGAUUUGCAGCUGGUGCUUCUGUGCUUGGUUAUAGAGGAAAGAGCAUUUCGACAGCGAUCUCAGCAGGAGCGGCGCUUGCAGUUACCUCAGCUGUGAUUGACGCCGGAGGUCAGACGACACGCGUUGACAACGGUAAGGAAUAUUAUCCCUAUUCCACCCAGCCCAAACGCCAUGCCACCGCCGAAUGAGAGAACCUUUUUCUCUCGUACUUCUUCUUCUUCCUGUGGCGAACGACCCGAAAAUGUGUGUUCUUUUUUUCUUCUUCCAUGGCUGCUGGGGACUGUCCAUUGUUGUCCAGUUUUAUGUUACUACUAAUUGUAAUAAGUAGGAAAAUUUGACCACCCAAAGCGGAAAGGGUACAAUUGGGAUUGAUGUGGUCAAUUUUUUUCUCAUAAUGUAAAAGAUUUUCUACUACUUCCAUAUCCAUGUGGUCAAUGUUUAAGUGCUGUGAUCAAACGAGAAUAAAUCUUGGUAAACACAAAUAGUAAUUUUCACUUUUCAUCAAAUGAAAUUACAACUCAGUA